GUAUUGAUCUAAACCUUCUCUGGACAAACUACAAAAACCACAAAUACAAUGGCUCCUCUUCACCCCGAAAUCACUUAUGCCGAGCGAUCUUCCGCUUCCGAGCCUGAGAAGAACAUCAUCUACUUCACUAUCAAUGCCCCUGACAUCCAAGAUGAAUACAAAUUGGACGUCAAACCCACUGAGAUCUCUUUCAGGGCUAAGGCUGGCGAUGCCUCCAAUGGUAUCCCCGAGAAGGAGUACUCUUUCGACCUUCAAUUGUGGGGUGAGGUCAUUCCCGAGGAAACCAAGAAGGUCGUCACUUCCCGAGCUAUCGUCCUUGUCCUCAGGAAGAAGGAAGCUCAGGCGGAGUAUUGGCCCCGAUUGACCAAGGAGAAGCCCAACAGGAACUGGGUCAAGACCGAUUUCUCCAAGUGGGUCGACGAGGACGAGCAAGAAGGUACUGAGGACCUGAGCGCCGGUAUGGAAGGUAUGGAAGGUAUGGGCGGUAUGGGUGGUAUGCCCGGCAUGGGUGGUAUGGGUGGUAUGCCCGGCAUGGGUGGUAUGGGUGGUAUGCCUGGCAUGGGGGGCGGUAUGGAAGGAAUGGAUUUCUCCAAGCUUAUGGAACAGAUGGGCGGCAUGGGUGCUAUGGGCGACAUGGGCGGUGCUGGCUCCGGUCCUAACUUCGGUGAUGAUGAGGAAGAAGGCUCUGGUGAGGAGGAUGAGGUCAAGCCUGCUGAGGACAAGUCCAACAAUGCCAGCCUUGACGAUGUCGAGUAAACACUAUUGUAGUAGGGACUAUAUUAAAGGAAAAGCAUGUGAUGGAAGCACUUUAUCUGCAUAUAUCUGAUGGAUACUUUCAAACGGGGCAUGAAAUUGCUUA